AUGAAGGCUUCAGCCGUGGUUGUUGGCCUUGCUUCGGUCAUUACCAUUCUCAAUUCGACGCCUCUCACAUUGGCUCGUGAGGAUGGCGGUCUGUGGUCACGUUUCAGACGGGCAGUUGGACUCCCUGCUGUUCCCGAGGUGGGAAUAUCACAUGUGAGCUAUGAGCGUUUGGUGCCUAGGCAAGAUCCAGGAGAGGAUGGUGGGAAUGGUGGGGAUGGUGGUGGAGAUGAUGGCGACGAUGAGGAUGGCGAUGAUGAUGGUGAAUGGACGGAUGAUGGUGGUGAUGAUGAUGGUGACGGUGUCGAUGAUGGGGAUGAUGGGGAUGAUGGAGAUGAUGGGGUUGAUGGGGAUGAUGGUGAUGAUGAGGAGCCACUGGGAUAUGGGCCCCCUCCGCCACCUGUUUCAACUACCAGUGGGGGGUAUGGCUACACUACGCCUGGUAAGUUCUGCGUUUUUGUUUUGUUGUGCGAUCAUGGAUCGUGUGCUGCUGUGAAUAGCUUACUGACCUUUGAUGGACAUAUAGGAAACCCUUAUGACACCACUGGUUCGAAUGAGCCGGAGAAGACGACAUCGUCAAAUGAGUACACUUUCACCACUCCAAGCUCGACUGGGGGGUAUACGUUUUCGACGUCCAGCACGGAAUCUUCCGAGAGCACAUCUCCUUACCCUAUGACAUCGACUACCUCGGGCGUGUCUUCCACAUCUACGGAGGGCACCCCUACGUUUACGACAAGUUCGGAGACAUCAGCCAGCGCAUCAUCCUCUCCGAGUGUUACGCCUUCUCUCGGCUCCUUUUCGGUGACAGGGUCGCUUCCACCUGAAUCGUCAACACCUGUCUCGAUUACUAGCUCUGUGUCGUCUAGUGCUUUGACCAGUACAUUGUCUGGAUAUUCAACCGGGCCUUCGAGUGAGAGUCCUUCUGCUUCUUCCGGUGGCCCAACAUCGAGCACAGGCUCAGCAUCGGCAGGGAUCUCUACCGGCAGCAGUUCCGGGACUUCUUCCGUGCCAUCAUCUGUUUCUUCAGUCAUUAGCUCGGUCUCAGGUCCAAGUUCUGUUCCAAUCAGUCUUUCAAGCACAUCAGGGGUUAGUUCCAGUGAAGUACAAACUGCAGCAUCCAGUCUUAGCAGUGGUUCGAUGGAACCAACCGGGUCUUCAACAACUUUGAUCAGCUCAUCUAUAGUCGGGAGUACAGAAUCGACCACGUCGGGCACAGCAACGACGGCUGCGACCACAAGCUCUCCGGUGUCACCAUCAUCCACUUCUCCUAAUGAGACGUCGAGUAGCACAACGGCCGCAAGCGAAUCUCAGUCAACAAGUGCUUCUGCGGUGCUGACAACAACCGGGACUGUGACACUGACAGCGACUGGUACAUUUAUUUCGAUCUCAGGUUCACUCUCCAUUGUGUCGCCGAGCACCUCGACCUUGUCUACCGAGUCCGCUUCCGAGACGCCAAUAAGCACUGGCAGCAGCCGCACUGGGACCGCCGCUUCAUUGUCGACAACCUCUGUUGAAUCGUCAAGUUCUCUUUUGACUAGCGAAACAGGAGGCUAUCCUACGUCUUCGUCAAGCCAGCCCUCAGGAUGGAACUCGACAGCCACAACCGCCCCAACUGGGUCCGGUGGAAGCUCUACGGUUCCAGGUGCCAAUACAACACAGAGUGAAAUCUCUUCCGUCACUCUUACGCCAUCCUUGGCUGGCUCAGUCUCGAUCAGCACAAUUUCGCUCGGAACUUCUUCGUCAGUACUCAGCAGUUUGACCAGCAGCAUUCCCUAUGUCAACACAACAAUUGGUGGUGCAUCAGUCACAACAUCGUCGUUGCCAUCGUCAAACAGCUCAGUAUCAGUGCCAGAAUCUAGCACUGGAACUUUGCCGUCUACAAGCACUGCACCAUACGGAUAUAACACCACGUCUUCAACAACGGGAGUUGAGGGUUCAGUAACUGCUACAUCCUCGUCAUCGGCAGGUCUCUCGACCUCGACCUCUUCGGUUCCCGUUCCAACGACAUAUCCUUAUACCAACAGCUCCUUGCCUUUAAGUGAAAGCUCAACCGCCUCUGAACCAUUUGCACCCUUUGGUCCUGGAACGUCUCGCCCUGCAACAACAUCGGGACGCUCAUCUUCCUUCUCAAAUGUGACUGGCACUUCAACGUCUGGAGGAUUGCCUUCAACAUCUUCAUUUGCCACUGUAACAUCUUCGUCUUCAGUCUCAGUGACAACACUGCCUUCUGGAUCUGGUACCAGUUUUGGUUCAGCUGGUCCAACUGGCUCAUCUUUGCAACCAUUCCCGUCCGGCAAUUCGAGCUCCAGCCUUCCAGGCUCCGCUGGUCCCAGCACAGCUUAUCCAUUCACCACGCCAGGAAAUGCCACCUCGUCUACCGUGUCAAGCACAAGCAGUAGUACAUUGCUAUUUCCAACUUCAUCGACUGGAUCCAUCCCAUUUGGCACCGCCACCUCUUCGCAACCGGGCACCUUACCUACAACUUUUGCGUCUGGGACCAGUGUUACAAUACCAUUUCCAUUUCCAAACUCUACAGAAUCCGGAGGCAGCACCAGCAUUGGAAGUAACGGCCCUGGUCCAACGCCAUCAAGCUAUGGGACAUCAACUGGAAUCUUUUCUGGGCUCUCCAGCGUGCCAAUCGUGGUAUCUCCCUCGCCAGGUUCGACUAGCCUUGUGGGCACAGAGACCUCUGGUUUUUCAGUGCCUGCUUCGAGCUUCGGAUCAUCGUCGGUGCCUUAUCCACUUCCAAACAGUACUAUCAGCUCUGGUGGCACUGUGCCUGGGUCAGGGGUGGGCUCUUCAACUGCAACCCCAUCAUCUGGAUUACCUGUAAGCUCGCCGUCUCUGUCGUCUAACGGCUCUGUGCCUGUGAGCUCCAGUAGCCCUGGUGUGCCGACAAUUCCACCGGUGCUGUCAUCUUCGCUUCCCUUUCCUUUGCCAAAUAGCACAUCAACCGUCGCCGGCCCUGGUACUGGUAACUCGCCUACUGGGACGACACCCCCUAUCAACACGCUUUCGACCCUCACACCUACUGCGUUGCCGACAACAUCGGCCCCAUAUCCUACUGGAAAUACUACAGUCCCAUCUGCGAUCCCCGGCACGAGCGGUGCGCAAACAAGUACGGUAUCCAAAGGCAUCUCUUCUUUGACGGGCAGUCUUUCGCCGUCUGUUCCUUUUCCAUUGUCAAACUCCAGCUCAUCAAGCUAUUACUUUCCUACGGGCACUGGUUCUUCUGGAGCAUCAUUGCAACCAACCUCUUUAUCUUCUCCGUCCUCAACUUCAUCUGGUGUUCCAGGAACAAGCACUCCAUCCGUCUCGAGCCCCAACGGCACCUCACUAACAUCAAGUGCGCCGUACCCAACCGGGAACUUCACUACGACGCCAAAACCAACAGGGACAAUCCCAGGCACAGGGAGCUCUGGUCUACCAUCAAGUCUUUCAACAUCAACCCCGAGCUCUCUUUCUUAUCCAUUUGCAAAUUCUACCACCAUCGUCGGUCCUUCGGGAACAAACCCGAUACCCGGGACCGAGAGUUCACUGACUGUGCUGUCACCUGGAACAUCAAGUGGAACAGCACCAGCCGUGUCGACUGGAAGCGGAACGGCGUCAUAUCCUUGGAGCAAUUCGACUGGAGUAACAAGCGGACCAUCAGGAACAGGCUCAACGUCUGGCACCGCAAGCGAGACUUACAUUCCGUUGACGAAUAUCACAGCCUCAAUCUCGGGGACAGAAAUUGUCACAACUGCAUCAUCGAGCGGAACUGCACCGUCCGGUCUUGCAUCUUCGGCCAUUGGCACCUCGUCUGUGCCAUAUCCGCUCACAAACACAUCUGCUUCGUCCCCGGGCCCAAACUCGCCUGGGACUAGUCCCAUCGGCCCUACCAGUUCUGGAAUAUUUGGAAGCACGGUCACGAACUCUGUCCCUCCUUUCCCUACUGGCAAUUAUUCAGUCCCAUUUGGUACAGUCACAGCCCCAGGUAGUAUCAGCACGGGCGGCUUCUCAACGCUGCCAACGGCUUCAUCCAGCUCGGUAGCUAGUCCAGGACCUUCCUAUCCCCUGGGAAAUUCAAGCACGACGAUUGAACCAACCGGAUCAGGGUUCUCAAGCGGAUCGAGUCCUUUAUCAACGAGCUCUUCUGGCCCUUCCUCCAGUUUGCCUCCUUUUCCACAGUCGAAUUCAUCAUCCACUCCACCGACAGGCUCCGGACUGUCAAGUGGUGCCAUCCCCUCGUCUGGUUAUGGUUCCUCGACCGUGCCUCCUUUCACAUUCACCAACUCUAGCUUCACUGCAGAGCCCACUGGUGCGCCAGGGUUAUCUACCGGGGCAACUGCUUCAUCUGGAUCAACAAUUCCUUCUCCCUCCGGCAGCUCGACGAGUCUUCCACCCUUCCCACUGCCCAAUUCUACCUUCACAUCAGAGGCGACAGCUGGGACUGGAGCUUCUAGCCAAACAGUCCUCACAACGGGAACAGGAUACCCAGCAUACUCUUCUGCGAGCCCUCCAUUCUCCUUGUCAAAUGCUAGCUCCACUUUGGGACCGACAGCCUAUUCGAGUGGUAUAGUGCCAUCACCAUCCGGAACAGGCGUGAUUGGGUCUUCAUCGGGUGUUCCUUCAAGUCUUCCCCCAUUUCCGACAACAAACACGAGCUUUCCCCAGGGUUCUACAAGCGCACCAGGAUUGUCCACGGCGCCUACAUAUUCAGGAACGGGUAUCUUCUCUAUUCCAACUGGACCCUCUUCCAUCACACCACCAUUCCCAACCUUCAACUCAAGCUCGGUACCCACAGGCUCAAGAGGAACUUCUGUUCCCGGGGUAGCCUCUUUCAGCACUGGGAUCAGUAGUGUGUUGCCUGAAAGCUCUUCCGUCGUGGCCCCAUUCCCAACUACCAACGGCACUACUUAUCCUGGACCUACUGGCACAUCAGGACCGUUUAGCACUGGAGUUUCAAGCUCAACGCUGCCGUCUACCGAAGCACCAUUUCCGUUCCCCAACACGACGUUCCCUGUCGGGCCAAGUGGUACAGUACCCGGACUCUCAACCUCGGGAACCGGGAUUUCUUCCUUGUCCCCAUCAUCCUCUAGCCAGCCACCUUUUCCACUACCAAACUCUACUAUUCCGGUAUUCCCCAGCAGUGGCACUGCGGGUCCGUCGCCAGGUACUGUGACAGGUGUUACUAGUUCAAUCCCAUCGAGCUCGGCAUCUGCUCCAUACCCGUACUCAAAUACGACAUCGGCGCCUGGGCCAAGCGGUUCAUUACCAGGGACAGGAACGGUUGUGCCGCCAGCAUCCGGGACAGGUGGCACCGGGGAUUCCUCUCUUUAUCCCACGAGCAGCACUCCAUACCCAUUCGGAAAUACAACCACGCCUUUAUCGACAGGAGGAGUCACUGGGGGAACAAGCAUUCCUGUGAUUGAGUCUUCCAGCGCAGCACCAUAUCCUUACCCGAACUCGACUACCAAUGCUAUCACGACUGCCGGUGUGACAGGGACAGGCCCCAGUCUCACUGCACCGUCUAGCACAGCACCAUAUCCUUUGUCGAAUGUGACUUCGCCUAUUCCUACUGGGACUGCCGGUACUGGGACGGCUCCUUCAACGUCUCUCUCCACUGGCAUCGCGCCUUAUCCUUAUCCAAAUGGCACCAUUACAACCCCAUUCGGCGGUUCUACCGGUGGCUCGAGUAGUGGGACAGGGAUCUCAUCAGCGCCUUUGAGCAGCAGCGCACCUUAUCCCUUGACAAAUGGGACGGUGACUGGGUUAACCAGCGGUCCUACCGGAGGGCCAACAGGGGGAACUGGAUCCUCUUCUGCUCCCCCUAGUAGCAGCGCGCCCUAUCCUUUCACAAAUGAAACCACUAUAGGACCAUUUAGCGGUCCAGCUGAAGGAACAGGUAGUGGAUCUGGGCUUCCGACAACGAAUGCCCCCUAUCCCUUGACGAAUGCCACAUCUUUCCCAGCCGGCACUGGCUCAAUAGGACCCUCAUCCGGCCUCCCAACCACCAGCCCUCCAUACCCGCUUCCAAACUCAACUGUCACAACCGGCGGCAGUGUCCCCUCAUCUGGCCUACCAACGACCACUGCGCCGUACCCGCUCUCGAACACCACAUCUUUUGGGCCUGCUAGUGCCACUGGAGGGAUAAGCACCUCUUCAAGUCUUUCAACAACUGUUCCGCCAUUCCCAUUGACCAAUGCCACAAUGACACCGAUUGGUACAGCCACCGGGGGCACAGGCGUAUCAUCGAGUCUGUCUACGAGUAUUCCACUCUACCCCUUGCCCAAUAGCACAUAUACCCCAGCGGAGAGCGGAACUGGAGGCACAGGUUUUUCAUCGGGCUUGCCAACAGUUAGCCCGCCAUAUCCAUUACCGAACACCACUUCCGGGGGCAUCACUAGAAGUACCGGAGUUUCCUCUGGUCUUCCUACGAGCAGUCCACCGUCCCCACUGCCCAAUGUUACAUACUCAGCUGUUAGCGGCAGUACUGGCGCGACGUCAGCCCUUUCGUCCACAACUCCUUUGUACCCAUUGCCGAAUGUAACAUACACUGUCCCAGGCAGUCUGACAGGUACCAGUCCUUCAUCUGGUCUUCCGACGACAAGCACUCCUUAUCCAUUGACGAAUGCCACUUCAACAAUUACGGCUGGCUCUGGUACAGGAUUGUCCACGGGCACAUCCUCCACUGCACCGUACCCUUUUGGGAAUACAACCAGCACCACGACAGCUGAACCUUUUGGAACGGGAGUCUUGCCUAGCUCUUCGGCAUCAGUCACAGGAAGUGUCAUUCCCAGUUCUGGAACUGGUCUUCCGACCACCAGCAUCCCUGGAACAUCACAACCCUCGGCCCCGUAUCCUCUUUCAAACUCAACCUCGCUCACUGGGCUUACGGGGUCAUCGGGCCCUCCAGGUACAGGCAGCACGUCAGGGACAGGUCCAGCGACAUCUGUGCCGGGCCUUCCAUCGACUUCAGUUCCGUACCCCUUCCCGAACACAACCAUUCCUGGAGUUCAGUCUGGGCCCUCAAGCGCUUUGGGCACAAUCACUACUGAGAGUGGUAGCUUAGGGACCGUUUCGGUAUCGAGCAUUUCAGGAUCAUCGACUCCGCCAUAUCCAGCAGGAAACUCGACAAUACCCAUCAAUCCAACUGUCGUAUCAGGGACAACUGUCACUGAGACUGGUGGUUCUGAGCCUGUGUCCACCAACAGUCUCUCGUCUAUUCCAUUCCCCUUCCCGAACUCAACAGAAACCUCUGGGCCCACGGCUAUUCCCCCACUUCCAGGUCCCUCGAGCAGCUUCCCUCCUCUUAACUCAUCUGGGACCGCGCCGUACUCCUCUCCGGGAACCAUUGGAACCGGAAUUUCCAGCUCUGCAUCUACCCUGCCAUCAAGCACUGCACCUUACCCUUUGAUCAACUCCACAACUACUGUCAUCAGCGGAACAACGGUGAUCACUGUCACGACUGGUACAGGCUCAGCCCCGCCAUUGUCAACUGGUGAAUCGACGACAGGCCCCAUCUUGUCAACUGGCAUAUCGUUGACGAGCAGUUCAACUCCAGGCACCGAAUCUUCAGCGCCAGUGAUAACUUCAUCUCCGGGUGCAUCAUCUGGAAUCUCGACGCCAUCCUUGAGUAGUAUCACAUCUGCGCCAUUCCCCUAUCCGAACGUCACCAGUUCCAUAGAUACCACCUGUUUGACCAAUUCCACGACGACACGCCAUCACCACUCAAAAUCGAAGCAUCAUCAUCACAAGACGAGGACACACUCCACUGUCUCUGGGGCCUUUUCAACGACGUGCAACGAGACGACUUUCAGAACACUGAUCUCUUCUCGCGUCUCUGGGACCGUGAUCUCCUCGUACUGGAAGAACGUCACCUCAACGGUUAGCCAAAGCCUUGGUAUGUAUCACUUUCUGACUGAAAAAGGACCAUGGCUAACCUCUAUGUAG